AUGGAUAGCAUCAAUGUCUCGGAGCUCGUUGAGCGCCUAGGCAGUGAUGAGGAUGCCGUGCGCAAGAUGGCCGUCUUCAAGUUGCAGUCCAAUAUUGGGGAUCCAUCGUUCGCUGAUGUUUUCAUACUGGAAGGAGGCCUAACGAAGUUACGAUAUCUAACACUCCACGCUACCGGCAAUACUUUGGCCUAUAGCUUGACCUCCUUCUCAAGACUGCUGGAGGUGGACAAAGGCUGGGAGUAUGUCAAUCAAGAUCUUGUGGAAAGGGUUGUCGAGCUGGUCGUCACUCAUCCACUGGUCAACAUCCUUCGCGGUGCCAUGUCAAUUCUAGUCUACAUCGUCUCUCAUCCCUAUACCGCCUCGAGCAAGAUCUCUCAGUCCGACAGCUCUGGCUUUCGAGCUAUACAGCCCGCUAUGUCUGUGUACCCACAGUUCCUCGAGAUGCUCGUCAGUAGAUUAUCUUCCGCCGAUCACGCUUUAUGUGCCAAUGCGUUGCUGCUCAUCAAUUCGUUGAUGCGAGAAGCUAUUAACAACCACUCAGAAGCUGACUGGCCUAAAUUCAUCAAGCGGCUGCAAGACCUCGGUGUCAUCAAAGCGGUCUAUACACUCAUGCAAAGCACAGCGUUACAGGAUCUGUCACAUCCACUGCUCGAGUAUCAGGCAUUGACAAAAGUGCUGCUUCGUAAAUGGCGAGAUAUUCCUGUGGAUCUAGAUAAGUCGGAUCAUAGAAGAGCUCUGAAAAGCAUUCACUUAGCUAGCAAUCCUGAAAGAGUCACGACACCAGUGGAUGAUGGAGAAGAGGGUGUGAAGAAGAGACAUAACCCAGAAAAGUGGAGACGUCUGGGGUUCGAGUCGGAGACUCCAGCCUGGGAAUUUGGAGAUGUUGGUUAUCUGGGGAUGGUAGACUUGAUAGAAUAUGUGAGACGGCAGGAGGAUGGUUUUCAGAAGCUCCUGCUGGAGCAAUCAACCAAGCUGGCAGAACAAAGAUGUCCAAUUGCCAGAGCAAGUCUUGCGGUGACUUCGAUGCUUUGCGAGCAUUUUGAAAUUGAGAAAGCAGAUAUUGACGAUGGCAAAUUCCAGCUCUCCUUCGAGUCACGAACGAACUUUGACAAGGUUUUCAAGCCUCUGAUUUUGCAGUGGUCAUUACUCCACACUGCUGGUCUACAGGCUUUCUUCCGGCUAUGGCAAACUACUGGUGCCGAGACUGAAGACUUCAUAAAGAUCGCCGACCUGGUCCGAAUACUGCUCGAAGAAGUGGUUGGCGGAGCUACAAGAUUGAGCGACGUCGAUGUAGUCGAAACAGAAAUUCAGCAAUUCGAAUUGAGACGAUUAAGGCAUUUGCAGAUGGAGCUGCUUGAAUUGACCUACGAAGGCCACUGGGGUCAUCACCUUGGCCAAAUCCGAGACGAGCUGUACCACGAAGCGUUGCAAUUUGUCAAAGAGCAGCGCAUACGAUGUCUAUUAGCAGGAGCAUGGUUCCCGAACUGCCAUGGUCACGAUAGCGAAAAAGGCGCUGCAACAAAGCAGGAUCUUAACCCGUCCAAUCCAACUUCUCAACGCUAUGCAAAACUAGCCCACAACAGGCGCUUUCUCCACUACGCCGACUUCGACGUUGCUGGUGAUGAGGAGCCAAAUCUGGAGGGACUGCUUGAGAGGAUCGACCUCACAACAGUGUUCGUUACCUCGAACGUCUCCACAACCUAUGAGCCCAAUUCCUCAACAACUACCCUUAAAGCAACUCACAACUCUAUCUCCGCAAGGAAGAUAACCAUCCGUGGCUACCUUCCCUCCAACUCACGUCCCGCCUCACCCAAGACCCACACUCGUGCAGGCUCCAUAGCAACCAAGCCGCCUCGAAAGGAAGUGACACUGCUUACCCUUCACCCACAAACUCACAAUCUGGCCGUGGAAUGGCUGGACGGUUUGCGCAUGCUGUUGAAUCAGCAGCCAAUCACAAACGAGACCAAGAAACUGAUUGCCAUGGUGCAGGAUUAUGGCCUCAAGAUCAGGCUGUUGAAUGUCAGAUUUGAAGAUAUGGUUCUUGCGGGUGAGGCCCCUGAGAUACCCAGCCGCGAAGGGCUCGACGAGGACUACUAUUAUGACAUUUUCGGCACUUGA